AAAAACACCCAACUACUGAAAACACGGAGUAUUUCACUGUAAAACCGUUAAUUUGUCAAAAAAAAAUUAAGCACUGUAUUUUGCUAUUUUUAUUUCAUUAAACGUUAUCUGUUUAGUCAAACUUAUAUAAAUAGUCACUGAUUCACAAUCGUUUGGGAACAAACCCAGCUAUGUUAGGGGUCAUAAAAAUAAAUAUAAAAAAAUACUAUAACCAAGGAUCGAGUCAGGAUUCUUCCCAUAGCGCAAAAGCACGUUCCCGUUAAAGGCGCCCCCUCCCCGUCGGAAAACGCCGUGUGCGUGCUGCUGUGUUGAUGCUGACAUGUUCACCUCGGCAAAGGCAUGACGGCGACACUGAAAGUAGUUAAAAGGAAGUUAAAGGCAAGAAGACGGCAGUGUGGGAUCGAUGAGCGCCAGCGAUGGUCCAGGCGAAAGCGUCGGGCGCUGACAGAGGCUUCACUGGAGAGGCAGCAGAAGGAACUCGUGCGGCCAGCACCGAAAAGGCUUUAUGACUUUUAAUUAAGGCGGCGAUCAGGGCUUAAUCAUUUCCAAGCGCAAGGAAAAACUCCUGCUUCUUCGCCUUGAGCCGGGAUGCCGGAGACGGAGGAGGACGCCCGGGCUGAAUGCCCGGUUUGCUACGAGGUCCUAAAUGCCAAUUCGCGGACGCUCAGCUGUGGGCACGUUUUCUGCCACGACUGCCUGGCGAGGACGUUGCUUAGCGGGGCAGGACAGGGACCGAUCACCCGGAAAAGCAUCACCUGCCCGGUGUGCAGACACUUGACCUUCAUUUCCGAACGGGCCGGGGGUAAAGGCACAGAUUACAGCCAGGUGAUAGAGGUGCCUCCCAUUUCGGUCGGCUGCCGGGAGGACCAGCUCGGGAACUACGUGCUCCCCUGCACAUGGCUCCCCGGGGUUUUUACCCGGACCCGAGCGGUCACCCCCAUCCAGGCUCCGCAGAUCUUCACCAUCAGCGGAGAAGGGCGACCCAUGGAGGACGGGGAGCAGGUCAGCGUGCUGAGCGCGGCCGGCGAGUCGCUGGCCCGGCGUGGGCGCCCCGCAAACCGCUUCAGCGCCUGCGGCGUCCUGUCGCUGCUGCUCAUCCUCGCCUCCCUGGCGGUGGCUUCCGCGAUUUUGCGCUGGAUUCUGCUGGAGUACCUUUAACUCGCUUUUCUGGAAUUGGUACGCAGACGUCUCUGAAGGCUGGAAAAAUAUAAUUCAUGAUAAAUUAACGGCACGUUCCGCUCUGUUGAGUGUAUUUUAAGGUAAAAUGCGGUGCUGCAGACUUGCUUCGUGUUAUUUCUUUGGAGUUUGUAAUUAGACCACCGAUCUUGUAAUCUUAUAUCGUAAAAAGUGUUUAAAAUUGUAAAUGGUACUAUCUGCCAAAACCGUUUUUUAACCUUUUUAGAUUUCCACUUAAUCUUGAUACGAUCUCUGUGAAGUGCACAGAAUUAUGAUCUAAAGUGUUAGCACCACAACGAUAUGGAGAUUUUAUGCUGUAAUUAAAAAAAUUCUUAAUAAACUUUUGAAACGA